AUGGCAUCCUCCCUCAAGGCAUUGCUUGUUGAUGAUAUGUCAGUUGAACGCAUGGUUGUCUCCUCCAUGCUGCGCAAGUUCCACUGCGAGAUCAUCCUGGCGAAGAAUGGGAAAGAAGCUGUUGAUAUGUUUCUUGAGGGCAACGAGUUUGAUAUUGUUGUGUGUGAUAAGGACAUGCCCAUAAUGACCGGUCCCGAGGCCAUUGUGAAGAUCCGUGCUAUGGGAGCCACUGAUGUGAAGAUCGUCGGGGUGUCCGCUGAUGAUAACGCCAUGGAGGCGUUCAUGGGCGCCGGUGCUGAUGACUUUGUGCCCAAACCAGUGAGGCCUGAGAUUCUGCAGCCUAUGGUUCAGGAGGUCAUCAACAAGAAGAAGAAUUAA